UCUCUUCCUACACUCUUUCUCUCCUUUUAUCUCUAUUAUUUUAUUAUCUUAAAAUUUCCAAAUUUAAUUGCACAGUUUGCAGUAAACCCCUCCUUGUUCUCUCAUAAUCGACUCGUUUUGCACUUUCUCCCUCUUAGUUUCAACCACUCCCACUCUCCCCUCUCGUUUUUGAGAAAACCCAAAUCAUAAGAAACCAACAUAAAUUACAAAAAAAAAAACAUCUUUUUGUAUAAUCUUUUCUUGAUUUCCAUUCUCAUCUCUGGUUUUAAUAAACCCACCAAGUUUUUUGCAUGAAACUAUCCUGGAGGAAGAGUCAUAACUAAUCUCUGCUUCUUCUUAGGUGGGGUUUUCAGAAAGUUUCGUAAUCAUGGGUUUCGAGAGAUCACCAUCAUCGUCAUCAUUAUCGUCAUCAUUACCACCAUCAGAAAACUUAAGAGCCAAGUUCAGUCUCUUUUAUAUACUCCUACUCUGCCUUGUCUUCCUUUGUGUAAUAACCACUUUCAUUACUCCCUCUUCACCUUCUUCUCCAUAUAUUCGGAACUCUAACUCUGGGAAACUAGGGCUCUUUUAUGCACAGGAAGAGGAGGGCAAGAGUACAAUGAUGAUGAAGAAGAUGAGGAAGAUUAUCAGUGAUCGGAGUAAAGAGGCUGAGCUACGGCGGAUUCUUAGGGGGCUUGGUUCAUCGCCGCCACGGUGCUCUGCCAAGUGUGGAAGAUGCACACCGUGCAAGCCUGUGCACGUGCCGGUACCUCCGGGCACGCCUGUCACGGCCGAAUACUACCCGGAAGCUUGGAGAUGCAAGUGCGGCAACAAGUUGUACAUGCCAUGAUCUCAUAUAAAUACUCACAUAUAGUAUAUAUACAUUAUAUAAUAUGAUUUAUAUGCAAGUUUGAUCAUGGUCAGGUCUUAAGUCUCUACUCAAAUAUUUAUCAUAUAUUAAACAUGUUUUUAGGACAAAGCCUCUACGUGAAACUUUUGAUGAUUGAUCAAAUCAUUGAUGAUGCUCGAAUGCUCCUGUAUGGCCGUAUGGGGUAAUAGGGUAUGU